AUGGGGAAGGAAUUUUACAACACCGAUGUGCAACGCCUCAUGAAGAAACAUAACAUUAAUCAUUAUUCCACGUAUUCGGUGUUGAAGGCAUCGGUCGUCGAACGAUUCAAUCGUACACUGAAAGACGCUAUGUGGAAGAUGUUUACGCUUAACGGAUCUUACAAAUGGAUGAGUUGCCGCGACUUGUGUCGGAUUACAACGCAAGCAUCGAACGAUCGAAAGGUUAUACACCGAACCACCGAGGUGUUUAAGAUUGUUAAAGUGCAGCGUAUUAAUCCCGUAACCUAUCUACUCAAGAACUAUCGCGGAAAAUCCAUCGCUGGAGCGUUCUACGAGUACGAGUUGCGUCUCACAAAUUAUCCGGAUGAGUACGUGGAGAAAGUACUGCGCAGGAAGGGUGAUGAGAUUUACGUGAAAUGGCUGGGAUUCGAUGGAUUGCACAAUUCUUGGAUACACAAGGACAAUGUCGUUUAA